ACUCCCCGAGCUCACUGGACUCUCCUAUUAUUUCCCGCGCAUUCAACCCAAAGCCACAAGGUUCAGCGCUUCACUUUUUUCUUUGUAUUUAAUCCAUUCUACAAUUAGAGGAACCCUGUCUAUUAAUUAGUGGAUAGAGAAACUUCUUUUUUAAGUAAGACUUUACUUACUUUAUCAUGUUGUAGUGUUACGCUCGUUUUCGGCCUUGGCCUUUACGGUACUUACCAUCUAUGGUUUCUCUUUGUUCAUAGACACCAAUCAUAGUUAUCAUAGUCACCAAUCAAUCUCGGGCCCUGAUUGGACCGAGUUUCGUUCCCGUCCCCAGAGCCUUUUUUGUCACUCGGUAUCAUUCGAAGUCGUAAAACCAAGCUAUAAAUACUGUACUGAAUGCAACGUUAUAUAAUAUUUAAUUUGGUCUUCCCCAAAACUCCUUGCGCGCUCGCUCAGCUUAGCCACUGAUCUACGUAAAAGCCUGUAGUGUUCCUAUAUUUAUUUUAUUUAAAGCGCCUGGGAACGAGGCUGGUACACACGCACGAGGCCAAGAGGAGAACUGUCCCGCGUGUGGACAGGAUAAGUGUUAGUGCAGUUGUAUUUGGCACAACAGCAAUCAAGAUGCCACGUACAAGUAAACAUUCGAUGAGUGCCGCUCCAGGGGGAAAGAUUGCUGGCAAAAAGCACCCAGGAAAAGCAAUCCUAGCAGGUGGUAUUGCUGGUGGUUUAGAAAUUCUGUGUACAUUUCCAACUGAAUAUGUGAAAACGCAAUUACAGUUAGACGAAAGAGCUGCUGUACCAAAAUACACAGGACCUAUCGAUUGUGCCAAAAAAACUGUCCAAGGUCAUGGUUUUUUUGGUCUUUAUCGAGGACUAAGUUCAUUACUUUAUGGAUCAAUACCUAAAGCUUCUGUAAGAUUUUCUGUGUUUGAAGCACUAAAGAACAGGGCAUGUGAUGAAAAAGGAGAUUUAACUCAAAGAAAUAUUUUAUUAUGCGGCCUUGGAGCUGGGUUAUCUGAAGCUGUCCUUGUUGUUUGUCCAAUGGAAACUAUUAAAGUGAAAUUUAUCCAUGACCAAACCCAACCUAAUCCGAAAUAUAGAGGGUUUCUUCAUGGCAUAUCAACUAUUGUUAAAACUGAUGGUCUUAUUGGAGUUUACCAGGGUCUUCUACCAACAAUGGUGAAACAAGGAACUAAUCAAAUGAUAAGAUUUUUUGUGUAUUCAAAUUUGAAAUCCUGGUUUCAAGAAGGGGAUAACACUAAAGAUAUUGGUGCUGCUCGUACAUUCCUCAUUGGUGGUAUAGCUGGGGCAGCAAGUGUUUUUGGGAAUACGCCCGUUGAUGUCGUCAAAACCAGAAUGCAGGGUUUGGACGCUCAUAAAUAUAAAAGCUCUUGGGAUUGUGUUGUACAAAUAGCAAAACAUGAAGGACCUAGAGCUUUUUAUAAGGGCACCGUACCACGUCUGGGUCGAGUGUGUUUCGACGUUGCCUUUGUCUUCACGAUAUACGAACAAGUCAUGAAAGUUCUCAAUUAUGUUUGGGUAACUGAGUAAAGUGGUGUUGAACGGUCAAAUACAAUGAUUACAAUCACGGUCAAAUACGAUUUAAAAGAAGUAUUCUCGGGCAAAACACAAGGAAAAUGUCAUAUUAGAGUUGGUAAAUAGUAUGGAAAUUCAAAUGGUCCUAACGGAAUUGUUUUAUUAAUUGCACAUAUGAUAUAGGAAUAGUUUUAUGUAAUUAUGACAAAUUGUUUAUUAAAUUUUGGAAAAUG